GCACACAAACACACACAAAACACUUGUCUUCUUUCAUUUCAACUUGUGAGCCCACCACUAAUCAUAUGUUUUAAAACCAAAACACACACAUAAAUACCCAUUUUACCUCGUUAAAACCACCAAUUAAGCCAUACCUCAUGGCUACAUAUUCUUCUUCUUUGUAUAUCUCAAAUCUUGUAAAGAUCCACCAUGAAAACCACAAUGCAUUGCGGUUUCGACUGUCCCCGAGUCUCGUCCGAGACACGAGUGAUUCCGGUCUCAAAAGAACAAAAUUUAGUGUUAGAGCGGAGGCUAAUUUAGUCUCACCCAACUGGGAUGCUUGGAAACCUGACAUGGGUUCUAAAGCUCCUUCACUAAGUGACAUCUUUUGGCCAUCAGCAGGUGCAUUUGCAGCCAUGGCGGUGUUGGGAAAGAUGGACCACAUGUUGGCUAAAAAAGGUGUUUCAAUGACAAUAGCACCACUUGGAGCUGUUUGCGCCGUCCUUUUUGCCACCCCUUCUACCCCUGGUGCUCGGAAGUACAAUAUGUUUAUGGCUCAAAUGGGUUGUGCAGCAAUUGGUGUCUUCGCAUUCUCAAUUUUUGGGCCAGGUUGGCUUUCAAGGAGUGUCGCGCUUUCUGCAUCAUUGGCCUUCAUGAUAUAUACUCGAUCUGUUCAUCCACCAGCUGCAAGUUUGCCUUUGUUAUUUAUUGAUGUGGUAAAGUUUCACCACUUGAAGUUUUGGUAUAUCUUGUUCCCCGGUGCAGCCGGAUGUCUCCUUCUAUGCUUGAUUCAAGAAGUUGUAUGUUACUUGAAAGACAAUGUCAAAUUCUAAGCAAAGUAAUGAAGUUUUGAAAUUUUGGGUCAAUUAGGUUCAUAUAUAUAUUGAAGAGGGUGGAAGAAGGAUAUGCAAAUUCAAGCAUGUCUUUUGUUCAAGGGUGAUUCUAUGCUUAAUUGUAUAUGAUCUAACAAAAUGUAAUUUGUGUGAAUCAAUUUUUCAAGGGUGAUGCUAUAUUGCAUUGUAUAUGAUCGAAAUGAAAUUUGUGCAUUUUUGGAA